AUGGCAGUACCAGCAUCAAAUGCCUACGCCCCCCGCAGGUCGGCAGCGUCGCCGGCCGCAUCAGGCUCCACCGACCAGAUCAUCGGCAGCUUCAAGCGCCUGGAGCACAUCGGCAAGGGCAGCUUUGCUGAGGUCUACCGCGGCAUACAUAUCGAGAAACGAGCUUCCGUAGCCAUAAAGUCUGUCAACAUGAACAAGCUAAACAAGAAGCUCAAAGACAACCUCGUGUCCGAGAUCUCGAUCCUGCGAAGCCUUCACCACCCACAUAUUGUCUCGCUCAUCGACUGCCAGGAAACCCCAUCUCGUAUGCACAUCAUCAUGGAGUUCUGUGAACUGGGAGACCUUUCGUCGUUCAUCAAGAAACGGGCAGACCUCACGAACCACCCACAAACCCAGCGCAUGAUCGAGAAAUACCCUAAUCCACCGGUCGGCGGACUGAAUGAAGUCGUGGUGAGGCAUUUUGCGAAGCAGAUGGCCAGCGCUCUGGAAUUCCUGAGGUCCAAGAACUACAUCCACCGUGAUCUGAAGCCACAGAACCUCCUGCUGAAUCCGUCUGCCGUGUACUACUCGCAGAGCGGUACUCUCGAACGCAUGCCACUGGCUGCCGAUGCCAACUCGCUAAUUCCUGCCCUCGGCAUCGAGACGCUACCUAUGCUAAAGAUUGCUGAUUUCGGGUUUGCCAGGAUCCUUCCAACGACCUCUCUGGCCGAAACGCUGUGCGGUUCGCCUCUGUACAUGGCUCCGGAAAUCCUGCGAUACGAGAAGUAUGAUGCAAAGGCCGAUCUCUGGUCCGUAGGAACCGUUCUGUUCGAGAUGAUGUCUGCACGUCCUCCUUUUAGGGCAAACAACCACGUUGAGCUUCUCCGCAAAAUUGAAGAACGCAAGGAUCAGAUUCGAUUCCCAGAAGGUCUGGUCUCCAGCCGAGCCAUGAAGACUCUCAUCCGUGCAUUGCUGAAGCGCAAGCCUACCGAGCGCAUGUCAUACGAGAGCUUCUUUGCUGAUCCAGUCAUUCGCGAGGAGAUCCCCGGUCUCGUCGACGAAGACGUUCCGCUGAACAUGCAGGCCUCGGAGCUAGAACAACCGGUUGAGCAGCCUAGGCGCGUCCAGAAGAUGCCCGCUGACAUGGAACGGCGCGCCUCAGAUAGCCCUUAUUCACGAUCGCCCAGGGACCGAGCUGGUUCCAUGGGAACACCACCACUCCGCCCAGCUUCGCGAGCAAGCCCUAGCAACCUCUCUGGUACACCUCCUCGCGUCUCGACUACCCGCCGUGCCAGCAAUGCUCCCAUUGCACCUAUCGAGGAGCGCGCAGCUGUACCCAUACGGGAACAACGACGUCCAACUCUACCCAACGCGAUGUCAGCACCGGCACGACCGCCUAUGGUGCAGGAUCCAUCGAUGGCUAUCGGGCAUCGCCGCCGCUUUUCCAAGGAUGACCCACCUCCAGUUUCGUCGGGACUGAAGCAACAUCUGGAGCGCGAGCGUCUGCCCCAAAAGACUGAGACUGGUGUCAUGAGGGAUGCAGCCGACCGAGUUGCUCAAGACCAAGCCCUGGAUGACGGUUUCGUGUUUGUCGAGAAGCGUCGUGUGGAGAUCGACGCUCUUGCUGAUGAGAUUGCUGCAAGCCCGCAAACCCAGCGAGAUCGUAUGGUCACUCGCGAUGGUGCACUUAGGCGAAGGGCCACAACUCAAGGAUCGCCAACAUCCACGACUGGCGCGACCGUUCCCUCAAGGGCAAUAUCCAUCCAGCAGAAGACACCAGCUGUCCUCCAGCGACCUGGCUCUUACGAGCGGCGUCGUCAGUAUCGUCCCAGCUUUGAAAGCGCCACGUCUGCGCUCUCAAAGGCAAUGAACAUGGUGAAUAUUCGAGGUCUCGGUCUCUCGCCCCCGAUGAUGAAGGGCAUCUCGCCACCUCAAGGCUACGCCGCAUUUCCUGUAUACCCUACCGCACAAAGCAGCCUUCUGCUGGUAGGCGACAGCGGCAAGACAAUAGCAAAGGAUGAGGAUACGACUUCAGUCAAGAAGAUUGAAGAACUCGCGCAACUGAGCCAUGUCAUAUAUGGCUUUGCAGAGGUCAAGUAUAAGCAGCUGGUGCCCGUUGCACCGAGCGACCAGGCACUGGGAGUGGGCCCAUCUGGAAUUGCAAGGAAGCCUAGUAGCGACGUGAUCGAAGACGACGACGAGGACGAGGAUUUGACACCGGAGACCAUCUUGAUCAUCUCAGAAGAGGCCCUGGUCUUAUAUGUCAAGUCGCUUGCUAUGCUCAACAAGGCCAUGGACGUUGCUGGCAGCUACUGGAACCGACAGCGCCGCGGUGGCUCGUCUCCUGAGGCCAUGAGCCGGGCAGCCGCAAACUCCGACCGCUUAAACCGAGUCGUCUCCUGGACUCGUGACAGAUUCAACGAAUGCUGCAUCAAAUCUGAGAUCGUGGCUCGCAAGCUCAAACAGGCACAACAACAACUCCCAGAUGAUCACCCAAGCCAUCCUGCCAAUCUCUCAGCCGCGUCGGGCUCUGCGACUACUGUGGGCUCCGCCGAGAACAUACUUUUGACCACCGGCGUCACAGCCGAGAAGCUGAUGUACGAUCGAGCGCUCGAGAUGAGCAGGACUGCGGCUGUGAACGAACUUGUCAGUGCAGAUUUGCCAGGCUGCGAUCUCAACUACUGGACAGCCAUUCUCAUGCUCGAGGCAAUCUUGGAGGAGGAAGAUGAGUUGUCUAGUCGCAAGCUUGAAGGCGAAGAGAUCAAUGGGCUCGAGUCUGAGGAUCGACAGUCGAUCCAGAAACUCCUUGAGCAGAUGCAAGGACGACACCGAGCACUGAAGAAGAAGCUGGAGAACCAGAAAGCACAGAAGCGGAAUUCGAUCACAAGCGCGCCCUCGCCUUAUUCUGCCAGUCGCAGCUCGCCAUCGUCCAACGGCACUGCACGAUAA